UCGCAGUGCGCAGUGUUGGAGCGAAUACUGAUCAGCUCAGGCAGGGAAUACCAGCUUGAGGGAUCAGGUAAAACUAGGUCAUUGUUGGUCGAGGCAAGCUACCGGAAGGUUGUGCAGAAGAGUCGCUCCUACGUUCUGUGCUGACUUGUAAUUCUUACUCACUCAGAAAUGUUGCCCAGGAGCAUGGUGCCGUUAGCCGCUGUCGUGUUGGUAGUGUCGCUAGCUGUGGCCGGCGGAGUGUUCCUGCCAUGCCAACCGUGCGAAGAAGAGCUGCUGGCCCAAUGUGUCGAGCCCGUCGGCUGCGUCGAAGUGGUGGACGCUCCCGGCUGUGGAUGCUGCAAGACCUGCGCCCGCAUGGAGGGGGAGAACUGCGGGGUCUACACCGAGCGAUGCGGUAGCGGACUGCGGUGUCUCCCGCAGCCGAAAAGCAAGUCCCCCUUCCGGGAGCUGCUUCUCGGACGUGGCGUCUGCACGACGAACAAAACAUUCGAGGAGGCCGAAGAAAUCCCGACGCCAGCCCCAGAGACAACCAACGCCCCGACGACCACCACUGUCGCCCCUACCAAACCACCACGCCGGUCCCACCACCACAGAGACAAACUCAUCAAAUGGAAGAAACAGCUGGAAGCGAUGUACAAAAGAGAACGACAGCACAAGGCAAAGAUGGCAGCAAAGAAGUUCUCUGAGGGAAUCAUGGGUCUGUCCUUCGAGAGAAGGAACCGACAGGAGGCAGCCCGCGAGAGAAACCGGUCCAACCCGAGGCUUUACAAAGAUCUCAGGCACUACCGUCACAGAGGGAGGGUUCCGACAGAGGCACCAGAAGUUACAGCAGCACAGAAGCCAACAGAGGCUCCUUGUAAAACUGUCCAGAGACAAAUCAUUGAACAAAGGAGAGCCAAAGGAGGAACCAGUGGCUACAUCCCUGCUUGCGACUUCGAUGGUUACUACAGAGCAAAACAGUGUAACCUGUCAACUGGAGUGUGCUGGUGUGUAGACAAGUUCGGCAAGGACUUGCCCAACACACCGUACGUAGAAGGCGACCCAAGAUGUAUCCUGUACACAGACAGAGCCCGUAUGAAAAUUUGGUAGCGUCGCAUUUGAUUGAACCCGUCGGACUUUGUGUAUAAAAGAAGAGGUUGAAGCUGAAGUAUUUUGAUUAAACUAUAUGUCCUCGUGAUGCACCGCCUUAAACGGAGAUGGUGCAUGCGUGUUGCGUACAAGACGCGACUCGGUUGUUGAAGGACAAUGGGACACUAAAGAAAAGGUCAGUGAAAGAUAAGUGUGACAUUUCGGCAGGGACUACGUCUUGUCGCGCCCGGCUCCCGCCAUGCAGGACGCUCGAUGGUAGGACAACGUCACGUGACCGUUGCCAGGCUAGUUCAAGGAAUCGUUGAUGACCACUGCACUGCCCACCUUCAAUCCAUGUAAAAGUAGAAUAGACAAGAUACGAGGAAGACUUUUUUUCAAAGAUUAGUGCUUUUUAUUUGUUCAGAUGUGGCGAAAGGGUGAACGAGACUUGUAUACACAUUUUGAUUUUUUUUCCUUGAUGUUGUUGUCUUAGACUCAGGAACAAAAGGGCUAACCCAACGAGUUGGGAUAAAGUUUCUGUAAAUCAAUGUGGCCUGGCGUGCGUAUAUCAGAUGCGCUUGCAAUUGCCACUGGUGUAAUAACGAAGACGAUGAAUGAGGUUUACUGGAUCGCAAUGUCUCUUCUGCACUAUAUCGCUACUUACUUCCCACAGAAAAGGUGCUAACAGACUGACUACUUUAUAAAACUAUUUAUAUCUUUCGGCAACUAUAUACUAUGAAUUCAAGCUACAAUAAGAAGGAUUAGAAGUCUUGACGAUUGAACGUACGGAAAAUCAGUGUUUUCUGAUAAGCGAACUUUGACCAAGCAAGACGCCGAGAUAGCCCAUUAAUUGAUUGAUCUCAGGGUUACGAAAAAACACCGCCAAGCUUGAAAUAGUUUUGUUGCUGUAAGGUUAAUUUGAAAUGUUUGGAAUACGAAGAACGUAUUUGUGUGAAAUGAAGGACAUUGUCUAGCCGGUUCCUUUGUGUAUAUCGACGUGUACCUAUCUAUAUAUAUAUCUAUACAUAUAUGAAUAGUUUGGAAACCUAGUUACCACAUUGCUAUGUCGUCUUAGACACUCUUCUGUCACUGCUAGCGAAGGUUACCUAUGUACAGCCUGGUGAGAUAACUACACCUGCUUCUUAAUAUUUGUCUGAUUGAAAACGUGAAGAAGUUCUUCACUUACACAGAAAUCCAUGUGUAUUGACUUAAUCAGGAGAUGGCAAAAUUUGUGAUGAAUACAAAAGAGAAUGAACUUUAUGUUUGAUAAGUCUGUGUGGAGUGGAUUUCUUGCCUAACGUUCAGUACAUAGAUCUGUCAAUCACCGCAGCAAUGUUGGGACGGAGUUUGGCCGCUGAUUAGCUCAGUCGUUUGUUCAAGACGAACGUUUGUUUGCGUUGGCCACGCACCACCCUGACUAUGUAAUAGUCAGCAGUUUCUAGGGGUCGACGAAUACACAGUAAGGUCUACUUUAGGCAAACAAGAGGCUGUCAAUAAGUACAUUCAUAGCCCGGCUAGAAAUGAAGAGGUUUUCAGACGAAAAGCUGACUCAUUUGGUGCCUCUGUAUAUGCAGUGGCUGAUAAGAUUACAUUCUGAUCCAUGUUUGCUUUAUUGACAUCCUUUAGAAGCUUUCAAAACGUUCCCACAUCAUAACCUCACUUUCUCCACCCCAACUCAUCCCGUCGCGAUCGACAGAGCGUGAUGCGCCUGCGGGAAAUCUGGAAAUUAAUGUCCAUGGCACUUCUACAGAACUUGUCGUUUAAACUAACGCUCAUGUAUUCAAGGAUGAUAUCCUCUCUGUAGUUUUCAAAUGGUGUGUUGGAAAAAGAUAUACGGCGUAAAAAAUUCUAAUGUAACAUCGUCCAAACGUCCAUUAGAAACCAUGAUUUCGCGCAGGCGCAAUACGUUCUGUCGGCGUGCUCCAUACAGCCCAUCACACCCAAAACACGUGAUCUGUCGUCAGACAUAACUUACGAAAAGUGCAAGUGGCCUGUACCUGCUGUGUUGGAUAUUAUGUUGGAGAUUUGUUCAAUAAAACUCACCAUGUACCAUUU